CGCGCACUUCGUAUUCAUUGCUCGACGCACGCGUUCGCCAUAAUUUCACUUGGCCGCUUUUGCCGUCAUUUUUACGUCAUUUCAUGAAGAUUUAUGAAACCAUUAAUUUUGCCCCAGCGUGGAAGAAAUGUAUACAAAAUUCUAAGUGAGUGAGUGAGUAAGUGAGUGAAAAGUGCUGAGCCCAUGGAAGCAGCAAUGAAAUCCUAGAAAUGUCCAGUCAGGCGGCGGGUAAACUGCGGUCGGGUUCGUCGACCAAGCCCGAUCGCAAUGCGAACGAGGAGAAUCAACUGGGCGCCAAGCCCAAGGGCCAAAGAACUGACAAUCAACAGAAAUUGCUGCCACAUGCCAACUACAUGGAGCUGGAAUUUCUGCCCACGGAACCCAGCACCACAUCGAGCACGGCCUAUCCGGAUUUGCCAGUUAGCUAUGCCACCUGCUUGGUGGGUCCACCGCCGUACAGGGAACCACCGCCACCCACACCACCGCCCCUUUCGCAAAUGCCCUCGCGGCUGCUCCACUCCGCCCCCAAUACGCCCAGUCGGGGCAAGGUCGUGCUCAGCAAAAAGGAGCGCAAGGAGCUGAGCAAGCAGCUGGGAAUCGAUGAGGCCUCCAUCCUCAGUAGUAGUGCCCAAUCGAGUCCCUAUAAGGGACGUGUGAGUGAGCUGAAAAACUGCAUAGCACGCGGCCUGUUUGCCACCUUGCAUCGCGGUUCGCAGAAGUCCUUGCAACAGCAGGACGAACGACCCAUUAGCCAAGAGAUAUCUCCUCCACCGCCGGCUCCGGAAUCGGCAAAUAAUAAUGAAGAUGCCGCUGCUGACUACUCCGAAAAGCUAAAGAAUCUGCCCGUAAGACAACGCAAGGCGGCCACUUCGCACAUGGAGAACUAUUGCCUCUUCGAUCCGGUGGAUUUUAUCAACGAAAAGGCCAUGAGAUAUCCCAGCUCCAUUGUUCAUGGCUUGAGGGAUCCCCUCUUCAGUUCCAGACAGCAUUUGGUUUGCGAGGAUGAAGAUGAGAUGGUGCCGGAAGUCAUUUACGACAACGAAGAACUGGAACUGGAGGAGACAAUUAUCAUAGAGACCUCGGCCAUGCCAGAGGCAGAAUCCGAAGCAGAACCAAGGCCAAAGAGCCCACAGAUCCUGGCCAGCUUUGAUCACCACAACUACUUUAUCAUCGAACCAGGUGAUUUCUCUCUGGACAUUGGCAUACCCAAUCCCUAUAGCAACGAGCAGUUGGUGAAUGCCAAACUGGAGCAGCAGAAUCUGGAGAAGCUCUUCGGCGAGCUGGAGCACACGACCAGCAUGUCGAAUAGCCAGGAGUCCAAGGACACGGAGACCACCUCCACUGCCCUGGUGGAAUCAUCGACAUCCACAAAUUCCGCUAGUUCCGCGGGCAGUUGCUCCCUGGCCAAUCCCGCCCAGCAAUCGAUGAAAAAGAAGCUUACUUUCCUGAAUCUAUCGCCCUUUCGGAGUGGCAAAAAGUCCUGCGACAAGAACACCUAUGAGCAGCAGAGGGCCAUUUCCGAAUUGGUCAGCACCGAUCACAUGCUGCACCUGCAGCAGUUGUUGCAGCAACAGCGAAGGGAUCAGCGAUCGCACACAGUGCCCACGGAGUCCAAUUACGUGCUCUUCAAUCCCGGCCCGGUGCCCAGUCGUCAUGUCCAGUACAAGAUACGGAAGCCACGACCCCUUUCAACACACAGCGAUGCGGACAGUGGGUUUCUGUCGCCCUGCUCCCCCGACGAACUGAGGGCCAAUCCGGCCAUCCUGGUGCUGCAGCAGUGCGACAGUGUCCAGGGGUAUUUGGAGAUUUACACAGACUGGGCCAACUACUACUUGGAACGUGCCAAAUCGAAGAGGAAAGUCACAGAUCUAUCGGCCGAUUGUCGGGAUGGCCUUCUUUUGGCCGAGGUCAUCGAGGCGGUCACCAGCUUUAAGGUUCCCGAUCUGGUCAAGAAGCCUAAAAAUCAACAGCAAAUGUUUGACAACGUCAACUCGUGUCUGCAUGUGCUGCGCAGUCAGUCGGUCGGCGGCUUGGAGAACAUCACCACCAAUGACAUCUGUGCCGGUCGCCUGAAAGCCGUGCUCGCCCUUUUCUUCGCCCUGAGUCGCUUCAAGCAGCAGGCCAAGCAAACCAAGUCCAUUGGCGUUGGCGUUGGCUGCGGCGUCGUUGGAGUGGGCUCCUCCGCGACUCUCACGGGCGGCUCCGUUCUGGGAAUCGGAGUGGGCGGCGGUCUGAGGACCCCGGCAUCUAGUCUGCACCAGGAUAAAAACCAACAGGAUCAGCAGCAGCAGCAGCAGCAAACGCCACAGCAAUUGGCCCAAUCGUUGGAGAACGGCAAUGAGAUGGUGAACCGACAAAUUGCGCCCGCCUACGCAAAGGUCAAUGGCGGCACUGCCAUUCCACUGCCAGCCACCGUGAUGGUGCAACGUCGUUGUCCGCCGGACAAAGUGCGUCCACUGCCGCCGACACCAAAUCAUACGCCAUCGAUACCGGGCCUGGGAAAGAGCGGAAGUGAUUUCAAUUCGAGCCGUCCAAACAGUCCGCCCACCAGCAAUCACACCAUCCAGAGUCUCAAGAGCGGCAAUAAUAACAGCCUGCGACCGCCGAGCGUGAAGAGUAGCCACCAGAGCGGCAUUCCCUCGCCGAGCAGUCCGCAGACCGCUCCACAGAAGCACUCGAUGCUGGACAAGCUGAAGCUGUUCAACAAGGAGAAGCAGCAGAAUGCGGUGAACGCGGCGGCGGUGGCCAGCAAGUCCCAGAUCCAGUCGAAGCGCACCUCCUCCUCCUCGGGCUUCAGCUCCGCCCGUUCGGAGCGAUCCGACUCCAGCUUGAGUCUCAAUGAUGGCCAUGGUUCGCAGCUAAAGCCACCCAGCAUCAGUGUGAGUGCCCAGAAGCCGCAGCCCAAGACGAAGCAGUCCAAGCUGCUGGCUGCCCAACAGAAGAAGGAGCAGUCCAACAAGGCGGCCAAGCUGGACAAGAAGGAGAAGAGUCCGGCGAGGUCGCUGAACAAGGAGGAGUCGGGCAAUGAGUCGCGCAGCUCAACCAUGGGCAGAAUGGGCAAGUCCUCGCUGGCCCGAGGAGUAGUUGCUGGGGCUGCAGAGAAGAAUACACCCAAAACCGCCUCCAAGUCCUCGCUGCACUCCAAGUCGGACUCGAAGAGCUCCCUGAAGGCGCCCCAGCUGCUCCAGAGUCCCAGUGGUGCGGGUCUGCCCAAGCCCAUAGCCGCCAUCAAGGGCACCAGCAAGCUGCCCUCUUUGGGUGGCGGUGCGCCCACUGCAGAGCCGCAGCAAACGCCGCAGCUAAUCAAACGUGAAACCAGCGACAUAUCCUCGAACAUAUCCAUACCACAGCCAGCGGUGGUGGAGCCACCCGGCAGCACACAUAUCCUCCAGACGACGUCACCACCUCCACCGCCCUACUAUGCGAAUAGCCAGCCACCGAGCCACAUAUCAUCGCAUGGGUAUCUGAGUGAGCCCAGUACUCCCAGUAUAUACGGCAGCAGUCGCUUAGCGCCGCCAAAGUCCGCUCUCAGUGCACCCCGGAAGCUGGAGUACAAUGCCGGACCACAUAUCCUGGCCUCGCCGCCGCACCACCAGCAGCAACGACAGGGUUUGCCCCGACCGCUGGUCAACUCGGCCCCCAACACACCCACCGCUUCGCCGAGCAAGUUCCACACGAUACCCUCGAAGAUUGUGGGCACCAUCUAUGAGUCCAAGGAGGAGCAGCUGCCCCCAGCGCCACCUUCGUCCGCUGGCAGCUCCGUUCUGCCCAUGCGGCCGCUGCUCAGGGGCUACAACUCGCACGUGACGCUGCCCACGAGGGGAGCACGCGGUGGCCACCACCACCACCCAAACCCACAUCACCCGCACCAGUCGUAUCUGGACUUCUGCGAGUCGGACAUUGGCCAGGGCUACUGCAGUGAUGGCGAUGCCCUGCGCGUGGUCAGCUCCCCGGGGGCAUCGCGGUUCCAUGACAUCGACAACGGAUAUCUUUCGGAGGGCAGCAGUGGACUCGGCGGACCGAGCAGCUCCGCCGGCGGAGGCAUCUCCCACGGCAAACACUUCCUCAGCAUGAUGCGGGCACGCACCCAACUGCCCACCACCAUCGAAGAACGUAUUCGCAAUAGUCGCGGCUCCUUGGACAGCAUUGGAACCGCCGCGAACGGCAGCUCAGCGGCCAGUCAGGCCAGCUCCAGCGGCGGCUCCACCACCACCCACGCCCACAACAACAAUAACAACAACAAUAAUAACGGAGGAGGCGGUAAAAUGGAUGGCAGUCCCCAUCAUCGACCAGGAUCUCGAAAUGGUCGUGACAACUGGGGCAAAAUGCCAGAGCCGCUCAACGGCCAGAAGGCGGAAAAGUCAGAGAAAUCCUCGCCAUCGCGUCGCAGCAUGGGGGGCGGUGGGAGUGGCAGCUCCUCCAAGCAGGGCUCCCCAUCGUCCUCCUCGCGAACCAAGGGCGUACCGCCCAGCUUUGGCUAUGUGAAGCGGGCCAAUGGGAGUAUAACCUCCACCGCCGAGCAACAGAACAUCGCCAUGAUGAUGGCCGCCGGCGGAGUGGCAGCCAAUGGUCUGCCCUGCGGUCGUACCGCUCAUGUUUCGGCGGUUCCAAGGACCUCCAGCGGUCGCAAAAUCGCCGGGGGCACUCAAACCCUGCCCAAUGACAUGAACAAGCUACCGCCGAAUACUCAGCAUCGGAGCUUUUCCUUGACCGGACCAACGGCCACCCAAUUGAGUCAGUCCAUCCGGGAGCGUUUGGCCACCGGAUCUCACAGCCUGCCAAAACCAGGCAGUGACUUGCACGUAUUUCAGCACAGAAUAUCCAGCCGAGGAGGACCUCGUCACGAUGGCUCGCUCUCUGACACGCAAACCUAUGCGGAGGUUAAGCCGGAAUAUAGCUCAUACGCCAUGUGGCUGAAGCACAGCAAUACGGCCGGAAGUCGAUUGUCCGAUGGCGAGUCCGUGGAGCAGCUGCAGAUUGGGUCACCGGCGAUGACCAGACACGGCCACAAGAUGAUCCACAAUCGAUCGGGACCACCGGGUCAGAUGGCGGGUCAAAUGUCGGGCAAUGAGUCGCCCUAUGUGCAAAGUCCACGCAUGAACCGCAGCAACAGCAUAAGAUCCACGAAAUCCGAGAAAAUGUAUCCCUCGAUGCUGAGCCGUGGCGGCGAUGUGGAAAUCGAGCCGUACUACUGCCUGCCCGUCGGCACCAACGGCGUUCUCACGGCCCAAAUGGCAGCUGCCAUGGCGGCCCAAUCGCAGGCGGCACAGGGAAAUUCCGGAGUGGGCGUCAGUGUGGGGGGCGUGGCCUGGAGCCAGCCCACCUCGCCCACGCCCCUCAACCGCGGCCCCUUCACCACGGCCGCAGCGUCCUCGAUUCUAUCGCCCACCCAUGGAUCCUCUUCAGCCGCAGGACUCGUGGGUCCUGGCGGAGGAGCAGGCGGCGCAAUGGUCGGACAUCGGCUCACAUAUCCAAAGAAGAAUGACGAAGUUCACGGCAGUGCCGCCUCCUUGCUGUCCGGUGGCAGCUCCUUGUACGGAAACGCGGAGGAGCGCCAGGCCCACGAAAUCCGGAGACUGAAGCGCGAACUGCAGGAUGCCCGGGAUCAGGUGCUCAGCCUGAGCAGCCAGCUGUCAACCAAUGCCCAUGUGGUGACCGCCUUCGAGCAGUCGCUGUCCAACAUGACCAACCGACUGCAGCAACUGACGGCGACGGCGGAACGCAAGGACGGCGAGCUGACGGACAUGCGCCAGACCAUCGAGCUGCUGCGGAAGCAGUCCAUCCAGGCGGGCCUGACAACGGCCCACAUGCAGAGCAUGGGUGUGCAGACGCAGGGUCAAGGUCAGGGGCAGGGUCAGGGGCAGGGGCAGGGUCAGGGUCAGGCGGGGUCAGACCAAAAGCCACCGCAGUCCGGCUCACAGCGCCCCAUUAACCCCAAUCCGAAUGGCUCGAUGACCGUGGGAAUGCAGCGACAGCACAGCACCGACUCCAUGUGCUCCCUGAACUCCAUCAGCUCCGGCUGCUCGGCGGCGCAGGACAAGAACAAGGCCAACAAGAAGAAGGGCUGGUUGAGGAGCAGCUUCACCAAGGCCUUCUCCCGCAACGCCAAGAUCUCGAAGACGAGUCGUCAUGUGGGCCAUCACCAUCAUCACGGCAACCACUCAGAGUUGGGUUCCGCAUCCGGCAAGCUAUCCCUGGCCAACGGUCAUGGUGAGCCCUUGGGCCUGGCCUCCUUGGCCACCCAGCCGGCACCUCCGCUGCCCAACAGCAAGCAGAGCAGUCCCGCCAAAACGCUCACUCUGAUCGACAAUGCCAAGCCCAUCGAUGCCAUCGAGCAGGAGGAGCUGCAGGUGGAGGACCUCAAGAAGCAGCUGCGCGAGAAGGACCUUGUGCUCACGGACAUACGGCUGGAGGCUUUGAGCUCGGCCUCCCAGCUGGAGAGCCUCAAGGAGAUGAUGAACAAGAUGCGGGCCGAGAUGAUGUCGCUAAAGCACAACAACGAGCGGCUCCAGAAGCUGGUGACCACGCGAUCGCUGGCCGGAUCGGAGGCCAGCUUGGGCCAGGCCAUCAGUCCCAAUGGCUCGGUGGCUGGCAGCUCCGAGGUAUCCCGGAGAUACUCCCUGGCGGAUGGCAGCAAUCGGCCGCCCAUGGAACUGCCGGCUCGUCUCAGCGAGGAACUCGAACUGGAGGAGGAGUGCUUGCCGCCGGCUCCGGCCCCCGAACCUCCGCCACCGCCGGCUCCGAAUGGCGUCGGUGCGGCGCCCUUGAGUCCCAGUACCCACAUUGACCUGACGCCACCACCGCCCGCCCUGGAGGCCGCUCCGCUGGCCAGUCCCGUGCACAUGGCCAGUGCCACCGAGGAGCUGGCCGAUGUGUGUGAUGGCAAGAAGAUAGCCAUUGCCUGCUAUCUGGGCCAGCCGGAGGCCUUCGCCAAAUACUGCGAGGAGCUGCAGGAGCUGGACGGCUUCUAUGCCAAUGGCCACGAGGCGGAUGCGCAAUCGCAGAGCGAGCGGAAAUCGAACUAUGCCAGCGCCAGCGCCAGCUGCAACGAGUUCGUCAUCGCCUGCACCUACAUAUCCGGCAAGACGACGUGGCAGAACCUGGACUACGUGGUGCGCAAAACCUUCAAGGACUAUGUGGCGCGCAUCGAUCCGGGCACCAAUCUGGGCCUCAACACGGACUCCAUCACCUCGUACCACCUGGGCGAGGCGAAGCGGGGUCCCGAGAUGGGCUUCCCGGAGCUGCUGCCCUGCGGCUACAUCGUGGGCAGUGUGCGCACCCUCUACAUCUGCCUGCAGGGCGUGGGCAGCCUGGCCUUCGACAGCCUCAUCCCGCGCAGCAUCGUCCAUCGGUACAUCAGUCUGCUCACGGAGCACCGUCGCCUGAUCCUCUGCGGCCCCAGUGGCACCGGCAAGUCCUACCUGGCCCGUCGACUGGCCGAGUUCCUGGUGGCCCGAGCGGCCAGGGGCAAUCCCUCGGAGGCCAUUGCCACGUUCAAUGUUGACCACAAAUCCUCGAAGGAUCUGCGUCAGUAUCUGGGCCACAUUGCCGAGCAGGCGGCCAUUGCCAACGGCGCCUCGGAGCUUCCCUCUGUGAUCAUUCUGGACAACCUGCACCAUGCCUCCGCCUUGGGCGAUGUCUUCUCCUGUCUCCUGAGCGCCGGACCGGCCAACAAGCUGCCCUGCAUCAUUGGCACCAUGUCGCAGGCCACGUGCAACACCACCAACCUGCAACUGCACCACAAUUUCCGAUGGGUACUCACGGCUAAUCACAUGGAGCCCGUGAAGGGAUUCCUCGGUCGCUUCCUGAGACGUCGGCUCUUCCAGCUGGAGCUGCAGUCGCAGCAUCCGCAGCCGGAACUGGCGGCAGUGCUGGCCUGGUUGCCUUCCGUGUGGCAGCACAUCAAUCGGUUUCUGGAGGUGCACAGCUCCAGCGAUGUGACCAUCGGUCCGAGGCUGUUCCUCGCCUGUCCGCUGGAUCUGAAGGACUCGCAGGUGUGGUUCACGGACAUCUGGAACUACCAUCUAUCGCCGUAUCUGGUGGAGGCCGUUCGUGAGGGAGUCCAGCUCUAUGGAAGACGGGGUGGCGCCUGGAACGAUCCCUCCGCCUUCAUCCGGAACUCCUAUCCCUGGCCCUACGGUCCGGACUCGGUGCCCCCAUUGCGACAGAUCAAUGCCGAGGAUGUGGGACUCGAGGGCGUGGCCCUGACUAACGGGGAGCAACAGGAUCCCUUGCUCAACAUGCUGAUGCGGCUGCAGGAGGCGGCCAACUAUUCGGAGGCUCAGGAUCAGGAGUCCGAUUGCGCCAGUCUGGACUCGAAUGUCACGCCCGACAGUUCCGCCGGAGCCGAGUAGAAAGCCAUAUGAUCGAACCACUUCACUACAUGCCAAAUUCAGAUGGACUAACUGAGAGGAACGCGCUGGCCGAGAACUAAUCCAGCAUACUACUUUUCCCCGCACAAAUGAGACUUCUUGCACUACUUUCGCGGCGAGGUUCAAAAGCAGUUCCAAGAGCUUUCCAUUUGCACCGUUAAAACCAACCCAUUUCUAACCACUCCCCCUGCCAUCUAGAGUAAAUUGCACUUUUUAGCGCACUUGUUAAAAAUGCAAAUUGUCCAAGCCCAACAAAAAAAACCUUAUAUCGAAGCACUACCAACCUAAAAAUAAAAUCUUGGCCCCAGCUGCGUUUCCAAAAGCCCAAACUUGAGAGAACAAACCUUAGCUAACAUGAAAUGUUAAAGAAAAGUAAAUCCAUAGAAAGGAAAUUGUACAUAUAUAGAACACAAACUAAAUCCCCAUAUGCUUAAGUGUGUGAAACUGUCCGGCGGUUUAGACUUUUUAUACCCUUUAUCCAAGCCCAGAGCCGGCAGAUCAUAUAUAAUUAAAUUGCAACUAAUAUCUAACUCUAUUGUAAAUGUAGCUAUAAGUUUUUGCUACUACCAAUUUACAUGAUAUGUAUAGUUGAAGUUAAUGGAAAAAGCUUUCACUUUAGUUUAAUUAUUUGCGUAAUUAUCAUUAAAUAUUGUUACAAACAUAUUGCAUAUUUAUAAAACACAAUGAAGCAAAAUACCAUUUAAAUAUUUAUUAUGCCAAGCCGCGCUUAAACACAGGAAUACGCGAAAGUGAAUACGUAAUGCCCCAUCCUCGAUAAAAUAGCUAAAUUACCGACACACCAGAACCCAAUCGGAAGGUAAAAACAUAUACUACCAAUACAAGCAGUAAAACUAUAUGAUACGAUAAAGCAAAUUAUGUGUCUCUGUCUAAUUUAAAUGUGUGCAUUUAUGAGAUAUGACAUCAAAUCAAAAUAAAAUAUAAUAUCAAACAUAA